AUGGAAGCAGUCGUUAAACAAAGUAGUCCUGAAGGAGUAGUUAGUACAACUCCUAAUGAGUCAGUUGAUAGUCAUAAGGUAGCCUUUGAUGAAGGUAAAAUAGUCUUUGGAGUUGCACAUAUUUAUGCUUCUCAUAACGAUACGUUUAUUCAUAUAACAGAUUUAACUUCUAGAGAGACUAUCUGUAAAGUUACGGGUGGUAUGAUUGUUAAGGCAGAUAAGGAUGAGAGUAGUCCUUAUGCUGCUAUGUUUGCCGCUCAGCAAGCAGCUCAAAAGGCAAGAGCCGCUGGAUUUAAUGCCGUACAUGUUAGGGUUAGAGCUAGUGGAGGAGUGAAGACUAAGACGCCAGGACCAGGAGCUCAGAGUGCGUUACGGUCUUUAGCUAGGAAUGGGUUAAGGAUUGGUCGGAUUGAAGAUGUUACUCCAAUAGCUGCUGAUCGGGUAAGGAAGAAGGGAGGAAGACGAGGAAGGAGACUCUAA